UUUGUCUCUUUGUUUACAGCCUUUUUGUUCUGAACUUAGCGUGCGCGUUUCUAUUCGUGAGGAUUCAAUUAAAAGUUCGGGAUAGGAAAAUCAAAAAAAGAAUCGUUAAAACACCAGAAUGGCUUUCAAAAUUAUCAAGUUGUGUAAACCAUGUUCGACGCAAUGUUACAUCACCCGCGCAUUUGGUUCAUCGCUCAGCAGGAUCAGCACAGCUUUCAAAUACUCUGGAGAUGAAAAACAUUUGGCAAGAAACCCAAACAAAUCCGGGCCUCUGACCGAUCUGCCGGAUUACAGCUUUUUGAACGGUAGAGUAACACCAUUGGGGGCAAGGCAAACAAAGAGGCUUUUACAGCAGCAGGAGAUCGCAAAUAAAAUUGUUACUAUGUCAAAGGAGAUGGAUUAUGCCGUUGAACGAUACAAAAGCUUGCAGGAAGAAAAACAGAACAGAAACAAAAAGAUUGUCAGUAAUUAUCUGAAACCCAAAGGCUUUGCAUUGUUAUCAAAAUAAUGUACUGUGAUAGUUUAUUGCUUUAAAAUAUCACUGUUUCAAGCACAAA